CUCCUUCAAGACAUGGAUAUCAAAAACUCGCCGUCCAGCCUCCGCUCUGCUGCCUCCUCUCACUGUAGUCAGCCUGGCUUGCCCCUGGAGCACGGGCCCAUCUACUUGCCUUCCUCCUACGUGGAGAGCUGCCAUGAGUACUCGGCUAUGACCUUCUAUAGCCCUGCCGUGAUGAAUUACAGCGUUCCCAGCAGCACUGGGAAUAUGGAAAGUGGGCCCAGGCGACAGACCCCAAGUCCAAAUGUACUGUGGCCAACUCCGAGCCACCUGGCUCCCUUGGCCAUCCGAUGUCCGUCGUCGCUUCUGUAUGCAGAGCCUCAGAAGGCCUCUUGGUGUGAAGCCCGGUCGUUGGAGCCCACGUUACCCACGAGCAGAGAGACACUGAAAAGGAAGGUUUGUGGGAACAGUUGUGGCAGUCCUGUCACCGCGAGUCCAAGUUCAAAGAAGGAUGCCCACUUCUGUGCCGUCUGCAGCGACUAUGCGUCAGGAUACCACUACGGGGUCUGGUCAUGUGAAGGAUGCAAGGCCUUUUUUAAAAGAAGCAUUCAAGGACACAAUGAGUAUAUCUGUCCAGCUACAAAUCAGUGUACCAUAGACAAGAACCGCCGCAAAAGCUGCCAGGCCUGCCGACUUCGGAAGUGCUAUGAAGUAGGAAUGGUGAAGUGUGGCUCCCGGAGAGAAAGGUGUGGGUACCACAUAGUGCGAAGACGGAGAAAUUCUGGCGAGCAGCUGCAUUGCCUGGGCAAAGCCAAGAGAAAUGGUGGCCACAUGAUGCGAGUGAAGGAGCUGCUGCUGAGCGCCCUCAGCCCGGAGCAGCUGGUCCUCAGCCUCCUCGAGGCAGAGCCACCGGAUGUGCUGGUGAGCCGGCCCAGCACACCUUUCACUGAAGCCUCCAUGAUGAUGUCGCUGACCAAACUGGCUGACAAGGAGUUGGUGCAUAUGAUCGGCUGGGCAAAGAAAAUUCCAGGCUUCGUGGAGCUCAGCCUGUUCGACCAAGUGCGGCUCUUGGAGAGCUGCUGGCUGGAGGUGUUAAUGGUGGGGCUGAUGUGGCGCUCAAUUGACCACCCAGGCAAGCUCAUCUUUGCUCCCGACCUCGUGCUGGACAGGGAUGAGGGGAAAUGUGUUGAAGGAAUUCUGGAGAUAUUUGACAUGCUCUUGGCAACAACGUCCAGGUUCCGCGAGUUAAAGCUCCAACACAAGGAAUAUCUCUGUGUGAAGGCCAUGGUCCUCCUCAAUUCCAUAACAAAGGCAUGGAACACCUGCUCAGCAUGA